UUCGAUUGGUUGAAACCUAUUGCGAGAAAGAAGACUUCUUACGUAUCAGGUCGAGUUUACUUUGAGGAACCGGAGGGACAACUUUCACAUUGCAUUUCGAUGAACGAGGGUAGUGAUAAACGUGGUUUGGGACUGGACUCAAGUGUAGUUUUCGUGACUUUGUAGGACCUCGGACCCCACGCUCCGACCAACAUUUUAUCGACCAUAGAAUAGCAGAGCAGAUAGCAAGGGUCUCUUUGGACCAGCAACAAGCAUGCUAACUUCUCUGUUCGCAUUUGGAACUGUUAUUCGUGCUUGUUAUGCGUAUGAUUUUUUUUGAAGUUCGUGGGUAAUCGGGGGAGGAAAAAUUUAACUCGAUUUUUUUUUUUUAAGUCAAAAUAACUAUGUUGGGGAAUGAGGGGAUCUAUGCAGCGAAGAAGAGGAAGAAACCCGUCCAGAAAAGUCUGAAGCAUGCUCCAGGUGACGGUGUGGUAAAGACCAACCCUUCAAAACGUCACCGGAAUCGUCUGAACGGGGAGCUCGACCGGCUGACCAGCCUGCUGCCCUUCUCCCCAGAGGUCAGGGGUAGGUUGGACAAAUUGUCUGUCCUGCGGCUCAGCGUGGGAUAUGUCAAGGUCAAGAGCUUCUUCCAUGCGACCCUCCAGAAGAAGUGUGAGUGGCCGGCCCCCCCUCUCAGUGGGAACUGUAGGAACGGACGGACAGCCACUUCUAUAGACGGAGUCAGCCUCUCCGAGGGAAACCUACUGCUGCAGGCCCUGAAUGGUUUUGUCCUGGUGGUCACCACUGAUGACUCUAUCUUCUAUGCCUCUCCAACCAUCCAGGACUAUCUGGGCUUCCACCAGUCUGAUGUGGUGCACCAGAGUGUGUAUGAGCUGAUACACAUGGAUGACAGAGCCAUGUUCAGGUGUCAGCUUCACUUCGCCCUCAAGCCCAACCAGCCCGACUCAGAGGCCGGACCAGAUGCCAUCGAGUCUAGCAGCAGGCCCCACAGUGAGUCUAUGAGCUACCCGCCCCAGCACAUCCCUGAAGAGAACAGGUCCUUCCUAGAGAGAAGCUUCUGCUGUCGCUUCCGCUGUCUCCUAGACAACUCCUCUGGCUUCCUGGCGUUGAACUUCCAGGGACGUCUGAAGUAUGUUCGAGGCCAGGGAAGGCUGGGGGAUGACGGGGCCUCGGUCCCCGCUCAGCUGGCCCUGUUUGCCAUCGCCACACCCAUGCAGACCCCAGCUGUCAUGGAGAUCAGGACCAAGACACUAAUUUUCCAGACCAAACACAGACUCGACUUCGCCCCCAUAGGCAUAGAUACUAGAGGUAAAGUGGUGCUGGGUUACUCUGAGACAGAGUUGGUCACUCCAGGCUCAGGUUACCAGUUCAUCCAUGCUGCUGACAUGAUGUACUGCGCAGACAACCACAUCAAAAUGAUGAAGACAGGAGAGACUGGUUUCACCAUCUUCAGGCUGCUGACUAAGGCAGGUGUGUGGGUGUGGGUUCAGGCCAACGCCAGGGUCGUCUUCAAGGCAGGGAGACCCGACUUCAUCAUCGCUCGACAGAAAGCCCUAACAAACGAAGAGGGUGAGGAGCACCUGCGUCAGCGGAGAAUGCAGCUUCCCUUCAACUUUGCCACUGGGGAGGCUCUGCUGUAUGAGUCCUGUCCCUCUGUGAAUACUGCCAUUAUGCCUAUAGGACCACCCAUCCCCCCUGGCCUCACUCCCCCAGGCUCCUGCCCUGAGGACAAGCUCCUGGACCCUGCGUCUCUCCUGGGGUCUCUACUCAGUCAGGACCGCUCUGUUUAUACUCAGCCCCAGGACGCUAACCCUAACCUGGAACUCCAGAUCUUUUCCCCCAACCUAGACACAGCCUUCCCCCAGGACCAGGACCCAGGCCUGGAGAGAGCCUUCCUGGACAGCCACGCUCUGCUGAGUGUCCCUGGGGAGCUCCAGGGGCCCCAGAGGCCCAGCAGGGGAGACCCCACAGCACAGGCCAUGAUGGACUCUCUGGGGGAGAUCCUGGAGGAGAUGGGGGCGGGGGGCUUGGAGGGGCUGGAGGUGGAGGAGACAGAGUUGAGGGAGUGGGAGAGCACUCUCCUCAGGAUCAACAUGGAACAGCAGGAUGUGACGGGGGAGCUGUAUGAUAUCUUAGCCAAUGAUGUGUUCUCCUACGUGGAGGAGGCUCUGAUGAGAGAGUGUGAUGAUGGAUGUGUGAUGGGCAGCUUGGGACAGGGCACUGAGCCAAUCAACAGACUUUCUGCUCACAUCACUGCCAAUCAAAACAUACUACGUGGGUUCCCUCACUCCCAGAGUUCCAUAUUGCCAGGCAACCAGGGGUUCAAUGGCGGGAAUGGCUCCCACAGUGAGAACCAAUGGCAGUUGUCUGGUCCACACAUGACCUCUAACCUCAACAGCUUUGGAGAGCAGAGGUUGCUAGGAAAUGGAGUUGUUGGUGGUGUGGAGCAAGGGCUGGGUUGUAGUCCUGGGACUGUGAGACAGCCACGGAGGACUGUAAACACAAACACACUACCCAGAGCUGCUCAGACUGUUGCAAGGCAAUGGACUCAAGGAAGCUGUGCGGAUCUUCAUGGCAACCAAAUGGUCCCACAACCUUCUCAUACUAUCAACCAACCAGAGUCCUGGAUACCCUCCAUCCAAAAUAUAAAUGAUAAUAACCACACCUCUCUCCCUGUCCCUCUCCCAAACUUUAACAACUAUCUCCCAGAGGCCUUUGACCAAACCAUGCAGCCCAGCCGGGAGUUAUGCCACUCUGAGACUGGAGAUGCAAACAGGCAGUUCUCAGGGCAGCCCUAUCCAGGUCUGUCAUAUCAGGACCCAAGGCAGUCUUGGCAACAGCCAUGUCAACACACACAAUGGCAACCACGGCGGAUACCACAGGGUUUUCCUGCAAAGCCAGUAAACAGACAUCGUCACACACACCCCAAACACAGCACACACAUACCGUCCAAUAACGCACCCAGAACUCAAACACUCACACACACCACACACACACCCUCAGGCAGCUGUAUGUUUGACAAGACGACUCCAAAUGUCUCCAAUCCCUCCAGCCCCCUUACAACUGCCCCAAGCAGAUCACACGGUCUCAUACCUGCCCCCACUUACUACAAUGAACCCAGACCCUCUCCCACUCUUUCCAAUGACUGUAAAACCAGCUCUUCAACCCAGGCCCCCAAAGUCUUUACGACUUACCCUCAAGCAUCCAUAAUCUCUACCAAAUCUUAUCCCCAAGACCCCAUUCCUAACCUAACCUACCCCCCAGCCUCCAUCCCCACCCCCAUCCCCGCCCUAUCCAGAGGGGCUCAGAUGGAUAAGGACACAGGAGCUAUCCCUGCCUGGUCUGGGGCUCCGUACCUGGGCAUGAAGCAGCUCCCAGGCCCCUUUCCCAGCCCCAAGCAGGUUCCCCAGAGCACCAGGGGAAAUGGCAGCUGUAGUGAUCCCAGUGAAGGAAGCUUGAUGCUGGGUCAGAGGGGGUUGGAAGAAAGCCUCCUUCCUGGAGGUCCGACGCCAGGAUUUCCUCCUGAGAGAACGGAUCUGUAGAGUCAUCUUUAUUCUACUGGAAUGGACAAACACAGGUCCCUACCGGUCCUAAUGGUGAUGCGGAUCCUUUUCUCUUCACUGGCAACAUCUUCUAGAUUCUCUAGGACUAAGAGGAACCUACAAGUAACCAUCUCCACAAUGGAACCACAGCAUCUUUUGGAAUCUAGGACCUACCUUGGAACCACCAACAUCUUCUGGAAGAAUACAACUGUACAAAAACCAGCACCUCUAUCGAAGACUGUUCCUUGGAGCUGGAUAAUAUUCUAUAUUAUAUUUAAUUUCCUUGUCUGGUUGAAGGGUGCUGCUUUCCAGCCAUGGACAGCCACCGGUUUAAUGUUCAGACUAGGGCUGUUACGGUGACCGUAUUACUGCCACACCGGCAGUCACUAGUCAUGACCGCAGUCAAUUUCCAUGUGACCGUUUAGUCACGCUAACUAGGCUUCUCCCAGCUCUGAUUCUGCUGAAUCAGCACUUUAUUGUCCCUCUAAUCACUCUGGCAUCAAUGCAAAUGUAAUUGAAAAUCAAAUCAAACACUUCAUGAGAGCCCAUGAGCUAUGGAAUUGCAUGAGAAAACAGAGUGAUGGCCUCUAUUAAAAAGAGGAGGAUCCCAUCAGCUUUCUAUUUUUCAACUUUCCUAAUAUUAAGCACAUUGCUUUGCUUUACAACAGGAGUAUAGCCUACCUGGCUGGCAUGAAAAUGAAACAUGUAAAAUCAUCUUCCAUUCGCUAUUUAAGUGCGUAGAUGACAUAUAUUUGUUUCCCCUGCCCCUUGUUCCGAAACAGGUGCAUGAUCAUGGUCCAUUCUAAAUCCAAACUAAUUUCACACAUAUAUUAUUUAGUAUAUGUAAAGACAAUAUCAAAUUAAGAAUAGUCUGAAUAUUAGCCUUUCACUUGUGAAUGAUGUAUUAUCACUUGUGAAUGAUGUAUUAUCACUUGUGAAUGAUGUAUUAUCACUUGUGAAUGAUGCCCAGCAUGUGUAGUAAGGCAAGAAACAGCGCAUUCCUUUUUUGUUGUUGACUUUUUCAAAUCAUAGUCAAACACCUCAUGUAGCCUAGCCCAUAGGCCUAUAUAUGUUGAAAGGGUUUGUAUCACAACUAAAGUUGCCAAAUAACUUCUUAAAAUGAAGAACAUUAAUCCACUUUACAACUGGUGGAGAGCAUACAUGGAAUACAUAGGCGGCACAUGAGUUUCAAGUUUGGGGAAGAUCAUUUUCCCCAUAAAAUGCACUUUUAUAAUAAAGCAUUACAUGCUGUUGAGAAGCCUUUGUUGAGAAGCCUUUGUUGAGAAGCCUUUGUUGAGAAGCCUUUGUUGAGAAGCCUUUGUUGAGAAGCCUUUGUUGAGAAGCAUUUGUUGAGAAGCAUUUGUUGAGAAGCCUUUGAUGGGAAGCCUUUGUUGAGAAGCAUUUGUUGAGAAGCCUUUGUUGAGAAGCCUUUGUUGAGAAGCCUUUGUUGAGAAGCCUUUGUUGAGAAGCCUUUGUUGAGAAGCCUUUUUUGAGAAGCAUUUGAAGUCACUUUUUAGAAUGGUGUUUUCCUGUCAAUUGAUUGCAUUUUGGAACAUUCAUGCUUAUAGCGUACUGCCGUGUGUGCAUUGCUGUGCUUAUAAUGUGAAGAAAUAGCCUAAUAGUUUAUCAACAAUUUAAGCCAAACUUUCUGAUCUGUUGCAUUAGCCUCAUUGCUUUUAAAAUGUUUUAUUAAUUUGGGAUCUAGGUCAUCCCACAACUGUUCCAGACUAUGUUUUGAAUAUUUAUUUCUCACACAGAAUAGAAUAGGUCUACUUCUGUACUAUGGGGGAUAGUAGAUUGACAUAGGCUAGUGCUUUUGCUGUUGGUUAGGACGACUCCUCUUGUUUGCUGAUGAAAAGACGAAAUGUGGACAGUUCUUCUAACAUCUUCAAAAUGGGCCUGGGAAUUUCAUGAGAAGGAAGAACUCAGUUGCGUCCUCAAUAUGUCUUCACUUGUAGCCUACUUCAGAGCUGAGAUGCCUGUGAGAAGGACCUGAUCACCGUGACGGGCAUUGCCUAAUAAGAAUUGAUAUAUCUGAGAGAGCCAUGUGAUUGAGAGAUGCUUCGGAGAGCGGCGAUUUGCAGCCGGGAGAAGGGAAUUAUAAUUAUUAUAUUCAGCCCAAGGGCAAAAGGCAUGAAUAUUGUUAGGGGGCAUUACGGCCACCCAAAAGAGGGUGCCGCCGGGACAUUCUAGGCCUGGUGAGAAUAUUAUCAAGUGCAUGUCAAAUUGUGAAUGAAGGGGCCUCCCGAGUGGUCUAAGACACUGCAUUGCAGUGCUAGCUGUGCCACUAGAGAUUCCGGGUUUGAGUCCAGGCUCUGUCGCAGCCGGCUGCGACCGGGAGACCCAUGGAGCGGCGCACAAUUGGCCCGGGUUAGGGGAGGGUUUGGCUGGCAGGGAUGUCCUUGUCCCAUCGUGCACUAACGACGACUCUGGCGGGCCGUGUGCAGUGCAUGCUGACACGGUCACCAGGUGUACGGUGUCUUCUCCAACACAUUGGUGCGGCUGGCUUCCGGGUUAAGUGGGCAUUGUGUCAAGAAGCAGUGUGGCUUGGUUAGGUUGUGUUUCGGAGGACGCAUGGCCCUCGACCUUCGCCUCUCCCGAGUCCAUACGGGAGUUGCAGUGAUGAGACAAGACUGUAACUACCAAUUGGAUACCACGAAAUUGGGAAGAAUUUUGUAUUUUAUUUUUUACAAAAAAAAAAAAAAAAAAUGUUUCAUACAACUUUUUUCAAAUCAUCAUUAGUCACAUCAUGUAGCCUUAGAAUGUAUAAACAUCUAAACAUAAAGCCCAGCGUUUGUAUCACAACUAAAGUUACAUAACUCUAAAUGAAGCAUAUAGGAGGACCAGUUUCUUUGUUAACCCCUCAACACAGAAUAGCCACGUGUGCACUCCCUCAGAAAUUGUUUGGAGAAAAUAUCCUUUGUAUUUUAUUCAGCUUUGUUCAAUUGUAUUCUUCAUACUAUAAAAUAAUGACAAGGAAUUCUAAGUAAAUCUUAUCUGCUAAAUGAACUAGUGUAGCCCACAGCCAUACAGCAUAGCCAGAUCAGGGCCUAACAUAAGGACAACUCAGAGUAUGCUAUUCUGUUCUUCUGAAAUAGACUACAUUUUCUUCAUAUCAUGUUUCUUUAGACCUGUCUAAAAUAAAUAAUGGAUUUAUUGUGAAGGUGUCGGCUAUCUUACAUUGAUUUAUUAUACUUUUUUUAAAUGUAGUUCCAAAAUUCUGCAUACAUGGCUUGUAGACUAUGUGUGGAAGCCAGGAGAUGCUAAGUAUGUUUAUGUUAAUUAACGGUAAAUUACCGUGAGUCCGCCAGUUAUUUGCUUGACAAUUACCGGCUGACAAAAUGUCAUGACCGCCACAGACCUAGUUUAGACUGUGUGUUAGUGGCAUAGUGGCUGCAGCUGAGGGUCCAUUCAGAUGGACAGAAGAUGUGUUUACGUAUAUGAAAUGUCAAAGGACUUCACUCUCCCCACCACAUGACAAUGUGAAUUUAUCAACACAGCAUCUCUUUGAGCAGGAUCUGUUUAUGUUUUCAAAGUCAUUUUCUCUCCCACUCUAGCCUGGCCAUUCUGUCAGCUCAACUUGAGUUUCUUGUGCACUUCUCAUCAUGUUUUCUUUUUUGUCUGUUUCCAUUCCAAGAAACAAGAAGGCUGAACCUCUAGCUUUAAAGACAGACAGGAGGUAAUGUUUUUUGGAAGUUGCAAAGGCUUUUAAACAAUGUUUUAAACCCAAAUACAGCAGUUUGAGUAUGAUUGAGUGUCCAUGUUGAUACGAUAAGCUUCAAAAGGAGUGCAUUGUGUUCAUGCUUCAUCAUGUUUGUUUGUUUUUAACUUGUUUCAAAGACAUGUUAUUGUGUUGAUAUUAUUGUUUCUGUUCAAGCUUUAGCUGACGAGUAGCCCUAAGGAACAUCAGCAUUACCAGGGAAACAGCCUGCCUGCUGCUUGUGCCUUGGCCAUAGACUGUUUGUCCCAAUAUGUUAGAGAUCACAUAUAGCACUUAAUUGGUCAACCAUUGACUUUAUUACAUUAUGAUUGCUUUACCUGUGUAACUAUUUAAAAUUACCCAACAAAUCAUGCUUAACGUGUCAUUGACUUAUACGAUAAGUAUGUAUAACAUUAAAUGUGUAACAUAUUGUAUUUGAA